AGAUAUUGGUUUGGCUGCUUUGAACACACGUGCUGCGGCUAUUUGUUGCUUUACUCUAUUCAUUUAAUUUCAUUUACUGAAUUAAAAAGUUAAUCAAUUUAAAAUGGGCUCCCGAAAGCCGCUGGAUGUGCACAUGUUCCCCUCGGACCUGGAGUUUGCCGUCUUCACCGACGAGGAAAUACGCAAACUGAGUGUGGUAAAAGUAAUAACUGGCCUCACAUUUGAUGCACUGGGACAUCCAAUCACAGGUGGCCUCUACGAUAUUCGCCUGGGGUCUUAUGGCCGGUGCAUGGAUCCUUGUGGCACUUGCCUAAAGAUGCAAGAUUGUCCCGGUCACAUGGGUCACAUUGAGCUUGGCUCAUUGGUCUAUAACCCGUUCUUCAUCAAACUGGUGCAGCGUUUACUCUGCAUUUUCUGCUUGCACUGCUUCAAGAUGCAAAUGAAAGAUCAUGAAAGCGAAAUAAUUAUGCUGCAGUUGCGCCUAAUUGAUGCUGGCUACAUUAUUGAGGCACAAGAGCUGGAGCUCUUCAAAUCCGAAAUUGCCUGCCAGAGUGCAGAGGAGUUGGUCAAGCUGGAUAACGGCGAUGCAGUGCAUCCACGUAUUGCGGCAGUCAACGAGCUGCUAGCCAAGAAUAUAAGCAAUGCCAGCAAUGUGACCAAGACCAGCUGCUCCUUGCGCACAGCGAUUACGCAUGCUGCAUUGCAGCGCGGCUCAAGCAAGAAAUGCCGCCACUGCAACAAGUCGAUGCGUUUUGUGCGCUAUUUGCAUCGACGUCUAGUUUAUUACGUGACCAUUGCCGACAUGAAGGAGCGCAUGGGCAAUGUGGCUGAAGGAAGUGGCCAAAACAAGGUGAUCUUCGCCGACGAGUGCCGACGCUAUCUGCGCAAAAUUUACGAAAACUAUCCACAAUUGCUGAAGUUGUUGGUUCCCGUGCUGAACCUCAAUGGUGAAAUGAGCAGCAACACCGACCGUUCGCCAGUGGACAUGUUCUUUAUGGGCUCGAUACCAGUAACUCCACCACGUGCGCGUCCGAUGAACGUCAUCAACGACAUGAUGAAGGGCAAUCCGCAGACGGACAUCUAUGUGAACAUCAUUGAGAAUAACCACGUGUUGAAUGUGGUACUCAAAUUCAUGAAAGGACAACAGGAGAGUCUGAGCGAUCAGGCAAAGGCAGUCUAUCAAAAUAUGCGAGGUGCCAACAGCCAUGAGAAGCUCUAUAACUCUUGGUUGUCGCUGCAGAGUUCGGUAGAUGUGCUGCUGGAUGUGAACAUGUCACGCGACAUCAAGUCAGCUGAGGGUCUCAAACAGAUACUUGAAAAGAAGGAGGGUCUCAUACGCAAGCACAUGAUGGGAAAACGUGUGAAUUAUGCAGCACGUACAGUCAUUACGCCAGAUCCCAAUAUCGAUGUGGAUGAGAUUGGCAUACCCGAUAUAUUUGCACGUAAGCUCUCCUAUCCGGUGCCCGUGACAGAAUGGAAUGUAAUCGAGUUGCGCAAAAUGGUCAUGAAUGGACCAGAUGUGCAUCCCGGCGCGAAUUACAUACAAGACAGCAAAGGCUUGACCACUUUUAUACCAGCGGAUAAUGCGGCCAAGCGCGCUAGCAUGGCCAAGCUAUUACUUAACAAUCCCAAGGAUGGCGUCAAGAUUGUGCAUCGCCAUGUACUCAACGGUGAUGUCCUGCUGCUCAAUCGUCAGCCAUCGCUGCAUAAGCCAUCCAUCAUGGCACACAAAGCGCGUAUUUUGCAUGGUGAGAAAACGUUCCGAUUGCACUACUCUAACUGCAAAGCGUACAACGCUGAUUUCGAUGGUGAUGAGAUGAACGCCCAUUAUCCACAAAGCGAAGUUGCCCGUGCUGAGGCCUACAAUCUUGUAAACGUGGCUAGCAAUUAUCUGGUACCCAAAGACGGUACACCGCUAGGUGGUCUUAUACAAGAUCAGGUCAUAUCUGGAGUGAAGCUGUCGAUACGAGGUCGCUUCUUCAAUCGCGAAGACUAUCAGCAGCUUGUGUUCCAAGGUCUGUCACAUCUCAAAGGCGAUGUCAAGCUGUUGCCACCAGCGAUAUUGAAACCAGCCACAUUGUGGUCCGGCAAGCAGGUCUUGUCAACAAUCAUUAUUAACCUAAUACCAGAAGGUUAUGAGCGGAUUAAUUUGGAUUCGUUUGCCAAAAUUGGCGGCAAGAAUUGGAACGUGUCGCGUCCUAGGACUCCAAUGUGUGGAACUACACCAUUGGAGCAAGAGAUGAGUGAGAGUCAGGUGCAAAUACGCAAGGGUGAAUUACUGGUGGGUGUACUAGACAAACAGCAGUAUGGAGCAACAACUUUUGGCCUCAUCCAUUGCAUGUAUGAGUUGUACGGCGGUGACGUGUCCACACGUCUGCUAACAGCUUUCACCAAAGUGUUUACCUUCUUUCUACAAUGGGAAGGCUUCACUUUGGGCGUUAAAGAUAUUUUAGUUACCAGCGAGGCAGAUUACAAGCGUCGUAAAAUUAUCAAUGAGUGCCGUGAUGUAGGCAACAAUGCUGUGGCGGCUGCUCUUGAACUAGACGACGUACCGCCUCAUGAUGAGUUAGCUGAGAAAAUGGAGGCUGCAUACGUAAAGGAUUCUAAGUUCCGAGUGCUUCUCGAUCGUAAAUACAAAUCCCUGCUCGAUGGCUACACAAACGACAUUAACAAAACAUGUCUGCCUGGUGGUUUGAUCAGUAAGUUCCCAUCAAACAAUCUUCAGCUCAUGGUAUUGUCUGGCGCCAAGGGCUCCAUGGUCAACACUAUGCAAAUCUCCUGUCUGCUAGGACAAAUUGAGCUGGAAGGGAAAAGACCUCCUCUGAUGAUAUCUGGCAAAUCAUUGCCCAGUUUCCCCUCAUUCGAGACAUCACCCAAGUCUGGUGGUUUCAUUGAUGGCCGUUUCAUGACAGGCAUACAGCCACAGGACUUUUUCUUCCAUUGCAUGGCGGGACGUGAAGGUCUUAUUGAUACCGCUGUGAAGACGUCUCGAUCCGGUUACCUGCAGCGUUGCUUAAUCAAGCACUUGGAGGGAUUGAGUGUGCAUUAUGACUUGACCGUGCGAGACAGUGACAACAGUGUUGUUCAAUUUUUAUAUGGCGAAGAUGGUCUAGAUAUUCUUAAGUCCAAAUUCUUUAAUGGCAAAUUCUGCGCCGACUUUCUGGCACAAAACGUAAAGGCCGUCUUACGACCCAGCCAGCUUCAGUUGAUGAAGGACGAGGAGUGUCUGUCGCAGGUGCAACGUCAUGAGAAACACAUCCGCACUUGGCAAAAGAAACGUCCUGCCAAAUUGCGGGCAGCUUUCACUCACUUUUCGGAGGAACUACGCAACGAGGUCGAAGUGCAGCGACCAAAUGAAAUUAAUGCCAAAACAGGACGUCGACGAUUUGAUGAGGGCUUACUCAAAUUAUGGAAGAAGGCUGAUGCUGAGGACAAAGCAUUGUACCGCAAAAAAUACGCUCGCUGUCCCGAUCCAAGCGUUGCCGUUUACAAGCAAGAUAUAUACUACGGCUCUGUCUCUGAGCGCACAAGAGAGCUAAUCGACAAUUAUACGCGUAAACAACCGUCCCAGAAGCAAAUCAUCUCGGACAUCAUGCACAUGAAGAGCAUCAAGGCACUGGCGUCACCUGGCGAACCUGUUGGCCUGAUAGCAGCGCAGUCAAUUGGUGAACCAUCCACGCAGAUGACACUGAACACCUUCCAUUUUGCCGGUCGUGGUGAAAUGAACGUCACUCUGGGUAUACCACGUCUACGUGAAAUACUUAUGUUGGCCUCCUCAAACAUUAAGACGCCAUCGAUGGAUAUCCCAAUCAAGCCUGGACAACAGCAAAAUGCCGAGAAGUUGCGCAUUUCAUUGAAUUGCGUGACUCUGGCCAGCUUAUUGGAAUCUGUUCACAUUAGCACAAGCUUAACUCUGGAACCUGAACGUGCUUAUGUGUAUGAUUUACUCUUUAAAUUCCUUCCCCGAGAGAUCUAUAAAGAGGAUUAUGGUGUCCGACCCAAACGAAUUAUUAAGUACAUGCAUCAGACGUACUUUAAGCAGCUGAUCCGCGCUAUUCUAAAAAUAUCUAAUGCCAAGAAAACAUCCAAAAUCGUUGUUAUUGAUGAUAAAAAAGAGGGAAGCAACAAACAGGAUGAAGAGAAUGAUCAGGACUUGGAUGCUGCUGAUGCUUUGGGUGCUCCCAGGGCACGAAACAAUGACGACGACUCUUCGGAUGAUGGUGGAGACGAUGAUGCAACUGGCAUUAAACUAAAGCAACGCAAAACUGAUGAAAAUGAUUAUGACGACCCAGAAGAUGCUGAGGAAAUUAUUGAUGCCAACGAUGACGAAGAAGACGAGGAAGAGGAUGGCGAUGGAAAUGAUUUGGCUAACGAUGAUAAUGCUGAACUUGAUGACAAGUCUGUGGAAAAGCUACUCAGCAACCAAAUGGUACAGGAUUACACCUACGACAAGGAGAAUCAUCUUUGGUGCAGGGUAAAAUUAAAUCUGAGCGUACGCUAUCAGAAGCCGGACUUGACAUCUGUCAUACGUGAAUUGGCCGCAAAGAGCAUUGUACACCAAGUGCCUCAUAUUAAGCGUGCAAUCAUAUACAAAGGCAAUGAUGAUGAGCAGUUGCUGAAAACGGAUGGCAUUAAUAUCGGUGAAAUGUUCCAGCACAAUAAGAUCUUAGAUCUAAAUCGCCUCUACUCAAACGAUAUUCAUGCCAUUGCCCGUACUUAUGGUAUCGAGGCUGCCACGCAAGUUAUUGUCAAGGAAGUGAGCAAUGUGUUCAAGGUUUAUGGCAUCACUGUGGAUCGACGUCACUUGUCACUAAUUGCCGACUAUAUGACCUUUGAUGGCACUUUUCAACCACUUUCACGUAAAGGCAUGGAACACUCUUCUUCCCCGCUACAGCAAAUGUCCUUUGAAUCCAGUUUACAGUUUCUGCGCAAUGCAGCUGGUUUCGGACGACCAGAUGAACUUAAUUCACCAUCAAGUCGCCUUAUGGUCGGCCUGCCUGUUCGUAAUGGCACAGGUGCUUUUGAAUUGUUAACUAAAAUCUGUUAAUUAUAUAUGUGAAUACAAUUUUUGAAAUAAAUUUGUGGCUACGUUUAAAA